ACUAAGCCAUGGCCUUGUUGUGUAGAUUCUUGGAUAUCUCCACCUUUGCCUUUGCCUUUAUAUUCCUUGCGCUUCCCUCUUUAGUCUGUUCAUCACUCUCAUUUGAUUUGCCCAGUAUCGGAUCUGACGACGAUGUGAGCUUCAAAUUCCAAGGAGAAGCAUCUAUCACACCCCAGGGCAUCCAACUCACACCAUAUUACGAUGAAUUGCCGGUGAAUAACUACAAAGCUGGUCGGGCCAUGUAUGUCGAAUCGUUGCACCUAUGGGACAAGGAUUCUGGGGAUUAUUUAGCUGAUUUUACCACCCAUUUCACUUUCAACAUUGACUCCAAUGGUACCACUCCCUAUGCUGAUGGAAUGGCCUUUUUCUUGGCUAAUUUUUCCAAACCAUUCGGUGCAUAUCACACUUAUGGUAGAGGCCUUGGCCUAACUCAAUGGCCUCAAGAAACACCUCGAGAUCCUUUCGUUGCUGUGGUGUUCCGUACAUUCCCAGAUACAAAUGUAAGUAUCAAUGUUAAUUCUACACUAGAAUCUGUUAAUAUCACGGGAUGGUUGAACAAUGUUACUCAGGGAAAGGAUAACAAUGCUCCCAUUACUUAUAAUGCUACUUCCCAGAUCCUUCAAGUUGUAUUUACAGGAUUCUGGAACGGCCAGUACCUCACAGACAGCCUUAGCUGUAAGGUUGAUCUGAGGAAACACUUGCCCGAAUUCAUUACCAUUGGCUUCUCAGCUGCAACGGGAAUAUACUCCGAGAGAAACACUGUCAGGUCAUGGCAGUUCAAUUCCACUUCACUGAGGCCGGGCAAUGACGAAAAGAACAAGAAGAGAGGGCUAGUGAUAGGAUUGAGUAUUGGUGUUCCAGUUUUAGUUGCUCUAUUGGCUUUAGCCAUCGUUACUUGUCUUAAAAAGACACGAACAGAAAUAGGAAACAAUCAAGAGAUUGUUCUUCUUGGUCAGGACAUGGAUACUGAAUUUCAAAUGGUUAGCAGUGGUCCUAAAAAGUUCCCUUACACUGAAUUGGAGAGUGCAACUAACAACUUUGCAGAGGAGCAUAAGCUUGGAGAAGGGGGGUUUGGAGGGGUUUAUAGAGGUUUCUUAAGGAGUCUAAACUUGGAUGUGGCUGUGAAGAGAGUCUCAAGUGGGUCUAAACAGGGGAUUAACGAAUAUGCAUCAGAAGUAAAGAUCAUCAGCCGAUUGAGACAUAGAAACUUAGUGCCACUUCACGGUUGGUGUCACGAGAAAGGCGAGCUGCUUCUUAUUUAUGAAUACAUGCCAGAAGGCAGCUUAGAUUCCCAUCUCUUCAAGAGAAAGUCACCUUUGAAUUGGGAGCUCAGGUAUAGAAUUGCACAAGGAUUGGCCUCAGCUUUGUUCUAUCUGCAUGAAGAGUGGGAAAAAUGUGUAUUGCAUAGGGAUAUUAAGUCCAGCAACGUCCUGUUGGACUCCAGCUUCAACGCUAAACUAGGUGAUUUUGGGUUAGCUUGGCUUGUUGACCAUGAAAAUGCACCCCAAAAAACCAUAGCCGGAGGAACACCAGGGUAUGUAGCCCCAGAAUGCAAUUUCACAUUCAAGACGAGCAAAGAAUCAGAUGUGUAUAGUUUUGGAAUCGUUGCACUAGAAAUUGCUACUGGGAAAAGAGCAAUUAUUGUCAAUGAACCAGAAGGUGUGAAAACCUUGGUGGAAUGGGUUUGGGAUUUGUAUGGAAUGGGAAAGCUACUAGAGGCUGUAGAUCCUAAACUAUACGGAAACUUUGAUGAGCAAGAAAUGGAGCAGUUAAUGAUGAUCGGGCUGUGGUGUGCUCACCCUGAUAGUACUUGUCGACCAAAAAUAAGCCAAGCUUUACAUUGUCUUAAGUUCCUAGUACAAUUGCCCACCCUUCCACCAAAGAUGCCUAAGCCAUUCAACGUUUCAAGUUCGCAUUGGCAAAUAUUUGAGGGCCAUACGAGGUCCAGCAACAUCAGUUGUCCCUCGCGUUUCACUUCAUCUUCCAUCAUGGAUACUGGUUCUUCAUCUUCUGCCUCACAUUCGCACACACACUGAUAGCACAAUAUUAUUCUUAAUUUCAAACAAGAACAUUACUACUAAUUGUGUCUGUUAAUGAUAUAUUGUUGUGUGCUUGCUAUAAAGUCAUUUGGUCAUGUUGUUGUCUCUUGUAUUUAUCUCUGCUCUGUGUUUACAGUAAAGUAGUAUAAGA